GCCAACACAACACGUCAGCUGCCCUCUUGCCUUCCUCCGUCACUCCUCUGGUCAGACUCCUCCAAGCGUCUGACCUUUGAAUUCCCAUUUUCCAUCUCCGUGGACACUCGUAUCAACGACUAUCAGUCCAUUCCAUUUGUUCCCGACCGCCCCGAUUAGCGACUAGAUAAGGAACCAAUCUUCAACAGAAUGGGCUCCAUUGGCGAACAAUACCGCGGUCGACUGGCUGGAAAGAAUGCCAUCAUCACGGGGGCGGCAGGCGGCAUCGGCCUGGAGACUACAAUCCUCUUCCUCCGCGAGGGCGCCUCGGUCCUCAUGACCGACAUCUCCGACGCAGCUCUCGCCAAAGCCGUGGCGAAAGCCAAAGAACUGGCGCCGCAUAUGCCCGGCAAAGUCGACACGAUGCGAUGCGACGUCUCCAAGGAAUCCGACGUGCAGGCCAUCGUCGAGCACCUCGACAGCUGGGGCGGCGUGGACGUCAUGUUCAACAACGCGGGCAUCAUGCACGGCGAUGAUGAUGACGCCAUCGCCACCCCCGAGAAAAUCUGGGACCUGACGCAAAACAUCAACGUCAAAGGCGUGUGGUUCGGCAGCAAACAUGCCAUCCUCUCCCUGCGCAAACACAAAAAGUCGCGCGCAAGCAUCAUCAACACCGCCUCCGUCGUCGCGCUCGUCGGCUCCGCCACGCCGCAGCUGGCCUACACCGCCUCCAAAGGCGCCGUGCUCGCCAUGACGCGCGAGCUCGCCAUCGUGCAUGCGAAAGAAGGCUUCCGCUUCAACUCGCUGUGCCCCGCGCCGCUGAACACGCCGCUGCUGCAGGACUGGCUGGGGGAUGAUCGGGAGAAGCGGAUGCGCAGGGAGAUUCACUUUCCUACGGGACGGUUUGGGGAGGCGAUUGAGCUUGCGCAGGCGGCGUUGUUCCUUGCGAGCGAUGAAAGUAGUUUUGUCAAUGGGACGGAUUUUGUGGUUGAUGGGGGCAUGACGAAGGCUUAUGUUACGCCGCAAGGCCCGGCUACGCUUCCGCCUGCGAACUUGGCUCGUUAGAUGGACGGGGCGCACUUUGGGGUUCUGUUGGAGUUGGUCCGCUGUUCUUCUCGUUUUGCAUCUUGCGGGCUAAUGCAUGUUCUACAUGUCUUUUGGGCGAGACGACCUUCUGCUACCACACAUUGAAUCUAGAACAGUAGAAACCGCGGGGACCAGAAAUGCAAUUCAAAGCUUAUCGCUCAUUCAAACCA